AUGUCGCAAUGGUAUACUCAAGAAUGGAUAUGCAGUUCCGAUGGGAAACGACUAGAAACCACCAGAGAGAUGAUCCGCUCUUUCGAUCUAAUGAAACAAGCAAACCGAAACCUCUACAGGUAUAUACUCAUGGGUAGGGGAGUGUGGGAGAUAGCUCGAGCUCAGGUACCAAAAGAUAUCGCUUGGCAAAUAGGCAGAAUCCUGGAAGGGACGGGCAGAGAGCUGACGUUAGCAGGGACGUUUCAGAUCUCGUUUGAAAAGACUUCAGCUUUCCUGGCUGAACUCGCUUUCAUCGGACAAUAUAUUCCUACCUGGUUCCGACUUUAUUACCAAGAUGACGAAAUAGAGAUAUCAUCAAUAUCUCAGAGACUUCACCGGAUGUUCUAUCUGCUCACUGAGUCGACAACGCAUCUCCGAGAUCAGGACCAACUUCGUGGAAAUUACGUAGAAUUGAUCCAUCUUGUCUUUGAUGAGGAUGAGGAAACCAAGUCGUUUGAUAUCAGCUCAGAUGCCAAAACGAGUCUUCGGAUCGUGGAUAAAUUGGAUCUCUGGCCUCUGGCUCUAAGUGAAACCGACUUGCAAAUUGGUUUCGCACCUGAUUCGCUCCGUAUAAGUAAAAAUCAAUAUAGUGAAUCUGUCGAGCUUAGCCCGUCCGUAUACGCUUUGUCAAGGGAUAUACUCGUAAACGCAAAUGACAAUCGGUUCGGAUCAUGGUUCCCAUAUGUAUUGGUACACCUCAACACCGGAACAUCUAAUUUCAACAAAACUCGAUUGGAGAACGAUACUUCCAUCUUACUCGCUUUGAAGCUAUACCAUGGGCUGUACUCACAAGCUAUGCACACCAUCCCAGUGGAUUGCGAGCUUCAUGUCAGAGAGACGAGAUAUGUCUUUGGGAUAAGGGUUCUAGCAGAUUGGGUAGAGGUGGUCAUGGGCUUCUUGAACGGCGGGAAGGUGCUCGUCGUUCCGAUCUUCGCUUCUCCCAUGUCCAUUCCUUCCAAGUACUUACAGUUCGUCAAUAUCUUACUCAACAUCAAGGAUGAAAGGGAUAUCCGGAAGUCGAUAAUUGAAAAUUGGUUAUGGUGCUCGAGCGGGAGGUUAUCCGAGAAACUCUUACUAGGACUUGCCCGAAAUAGAUCCUCAGCUUCCACCGCUCUUCAGCAUUAUUUCAAUUCAUCAGGACCAGCCUUCCGCACUCCAACCAAAUCGCCUGAAGAGAUCGAUAUGAAGAAACGAAUCGACAAGUGGUUAGAAGAUAAUCAUGAUCAUCGGCAUUCCGUUGAGAGAGGUUACCUUCUUACCUUGUGA